GUAAAUAAAAGUAUGAACUUAGCCUUGGUGGCUACUCCUGCUGGCAUCAAACACUAUGAAGAACUCUUUUCAAAUACAUCUCAAACCUUGCCACAUGUGGAAGUUGUGGCAGGCAACAAGCAGAUAUCUCAAAAGGCUGCACAGCUAUCUGCAGAAAAAGACUUUAUUUUGAUGCACAUGAAGAUGGAUACACCCUUAAAGAAGUGCAAUACACCAGAGAGCCAAAAGGCCUUGUUACAAAAGCUGGACAAGCGGCUUUCAAGGAUCUGCUCUUGUAGCCCUGCAAGAUCUCUGAUAACUUUUAUAUUUACAGGAUCUUCUAUGGAUAGGCCACUAAAUGAGCGUGCAAAUGGCAUGCUUAUGUGUUGUAUUAAAAAGCAGGAUUGAAGAUGUAAAAUAUUCUGGCUUUUCUCUCUUUUGUGAAAAUAGUAUGAUUUUUAUACAAUAGAUUGGUGUACCUGUAGAUGAAAUUACCAGCUGAUAAGCAGAAGAGAUUCUAAAAUCUUGAAUGAUUAUUUAGUUUUUAGUUAUUGAUGUUUAUGUAACUGAAUUAAUUCAAGCAAUCAAAAGUGUUUUUUUUACUUGUGUACCUAAUAAGAGGUACUUUGUAUUAUUAUACUACCAAAAUUAUUGUGUUGGGAAAGGACUAAUAAAGAAUACCGUGUAUCUA